AAGUGCCCCACCCACUGCUAUCAAUCAUUCCAAAACAUCUCCCCAUAAUCUCACAAAUCCUUCCUUGCUUCCCUCCUAAUUUCACUUCCCAUAAGUACACGCAUGUAAGCAGCUUCAAAACCAUUCUCGAUCUUUUCCUCAACUGCCCUCAUCAACCAUGUCGAUCACAGGUUAUCUAGAUCAAGAUAAGAUUUACAAGAAAUCGAUCCACCGAAAGAACAAUUCUGGUGAGCUCGAUGUGUUCGAAGCUGCAAGAUAUUUUGCCGGCACAAAUGAAGGAAGCGGGUUCUAUGGUUCAACCUUCUGUCAUAAGGCCAUGAGAGAAGAAAAGCAAGCAUGGGGAGGAAGAAGGAUGAGUUUAGAUAUGCCCAUCAAAAACCCACUUCCUUCUCAAGCCCAUCAGGUGGAAAAACAACUCAAAGAGCAGAAAUACAAGCAGCCCAGCUCUCCUGGUGGUAGACUUGCAAAGCUUUUGAACUCUUUCUUCAAUCAAGCAGUUUCUAAGAAGAAGAAAUCUAAGUCCACUACUCAAUCUGUGAAAGAUCAAGAAGAAAGCACAGGAGGGAGGAGAAAAAGGAGAAGCAGCAUUAGCCAUUUCAGAAGUUCUAGCACCACAGACACUACUAAAUCCAUGUAUUCAACUUCAAAUUCUGGUUUUAGAACACCUCCUCCUUGUGCCAACACUCCCACAAAGGCUUAUAAGGAUAUGCUAAGCUAUUCAGAUCACAAGCAAGUGGUGCCUUUAUCAAAGCACAAUGGAGAGGUAAGGUUGAUUGGCUCACAACAUGAAGCUUUGAAUGAGAAAAAGAACAUGGAUUUGGCUUGGUUUGAUGAAAAGCUCAAAUUCUAUGAUGGGUUUUCAGAGAAAAGCAAGAAUUAUAAGGGUGAAGAUUACUCAUCAGAGAAGAAGAACUUCAAGAAAUUUGAUGAAGUUGAUGAUGGAGGUGAGAGUGAUUCAAGCUCUGAUCUAUUUGAGUUGCAGAACUAUGAUUUGGGUUUUUACUCUAGUGAUCUACCAGUUUAUGAGACCACACACAUGGAGAGUAUCAAGAGAGGAGCACCAAUUGCCAAUGGCACACGAUGACAUGUAAUCUAUAUUUUUUCAUCUUUCGUUUUUUCAAUUUCUUUAGUGUUGUAAUGUUCACUCAUCUC